GGUCAAUAACCAGUGGAACAACGGCGGGAUUAACCAGAUCAGAAGAAGGAAAAAUGUAUCAAAUAGUGACAUUUUUUGCGUUCCUGGUUGCGCAGUCUUGUGUUUUGAGUCAAACGACUGAGUUUAAUAAUGGAACUAGGACACCCAGCGCUCAGGAUAUUUAUGAUUUAAGCGAGGAGGAUUUCCAGUUAUGGUUAUCGGGUAGAAGCCCGAAAGCUUGGGGUGGACCAACAAACAUUAGUACCUCAACCGAUAUUCCUAGCACAACAACACCUGUAUCAAGUACAACCCUAACGAAUGAGAUCACUUCAGUAGAUUAUCAAACCAUAGUUGAUCAAAAAACGUCUACUACUGAGAGUCCAACACUUUUUACAACUUCCUCAACCACCGCACCCAGCAACGACGACCAGGACUCCGGUUACGUGUAUCAGCGACCCGAAAACUCUCUUUCCCCGAUGAAACUUCACAUGCAGCAGUCUCCGACAGUUGACAAUCAGCUUAUAACGGAUGUUAACAGCUUAGCGUAUUCAGGAAACGGAUUACCAGGUCAAGAGUGUCAACUUAUCGCCCAACUACUGCAGCGUCGUCCGGGAGCAAUAUCGUUUCAAUCGAGCGCUACUAUCCAUCGGUUUCAAGAGAGUACAACGGCAGCACCACCAUUUCCGGGAAAUUCUCAUCACAGUGAUAUAUUUCUUAGCCAAAAUCAGAAACCGCAACAAUCAUCCACGGCCGCUCCUCCACCAUUACCACCAUCUGGUACAAUAAGAGUGCAGCAAUUCCAAAGGCAGCCACAGUUGGUGCCAAUUCAGCAGCACUUGCUGCUAUCGGAACCAACCGUUAUUCCGCUCAGGCCACACGGAAGUCAACGAACCUCGGAGUUCUACGGUAAUCCUGCCUUCUUCAGACAGCAAUGGCCAUUUUCACAUCCUGCUUACGAGGCUCCCGUUGCACUCCGCUACUACUAGUUUGUUGUUUUCUAUUUAUUUAUUCAUCUAUUGAUGUAAGACUUAUGUUUUUUUCUUCUGAAGGCUAUUGAAUAGUUAUUAAAUAAGAACUGAAAUGAU